AUGGAAAGCGCGUAUCUCAAGUGUCAUGUUGGUCCUAUCCUUGCUAAGGCCAUUGCCGAUACUGUAGUGGCGCAGCCCAGCAAUCCACAGGAGUAUCUUGCACUUUACCUCCUCCAUUACUUGAAUGUAGAGGAGCAUCGUACCGCUGGGGAUCUCCGUUUGCGAAAGGCGGUUGAGGUUCGAGAGGUAUGCUCACAGCGUCAUGCCCAGAAGGAGAAAGCUGCGGCGGAGACGAUUCGACGAGGUAUUAUGCACUUCAGGGAACGCCUACAGAAGAAGAAGGAGCAAGAAGCACAUCUAAUGGAAAUAUACGAAGAGGCUUGCCUUGAGGCCGAAGAGCUUCUAGAACAAGAGGAUGCCCAACGUAAGCAGCCCGAAGGCGGCGAACCCAAUGGAGGGGCGACAAUCGAUGCCUCUUCAGAAGACAACCCCGAAGAGCGUACCAUGCGAUUGCAGCUUGAGCGGCAAAAAGAACGGCUGGAUGAGUCCCGAAACAACUUUUACGUUGCUCAACGUUUCAUACACUAUCUUCAGAAGACUCACCUAGGUCAGCUCAAGACUACGCUGUUGGAUUCAGCGGAACGUGUGCGUGUGGCGCAAAUGGAGCUGGAGUCACUUAAGGACCUUGAACAGCAAACUGAGGAAGAGGUGUUCAGUGAUGCGAAACCACUUUCUUCAGGUCAGGACAACAUUGGAAAUGGCAGAAUGUCCGCGAUAGCCACAGAGCUAAUCGCGCGUCUUCGUGUGCAGCGCUCACACAAACGAAUUGCGGUCAGCCAUGUGCUUUACCGCGUCUUACGCUGUAUUUGCUAUCUUUUGUUCAAUUCUACUCCAAAGGCUACCGAUACACCGAUCAAGGUUGCCACUUUGAUAAAGCCUGCGGUUGUGGUACAGCUUCUGCGCGCUUUUAACCCCGUUGCGACUUACGACAAAAAUCAGCCGCUAAAACUUGAGAAGAUCCUAUCACAUCCCAGAAAUGAAGAAGAAGGGGAAGCUGAGGAAGCCGAGGAAGUUGUCGAGGCCUUUCCUAUUCCACAGCAAAAAACACGGCAACUUCGUCGUGUGCAGCGAGUCAUGCGCAGCUGUUUAUGUGAUGCGGAAUACAUUUGCAAUGCGAACUUGUCUGAUUACUUCGAUGAUGAUACUCUCGAAGAGGAGGAGCUUCUGGAAAAUGAAGUUGCCAAAACCGAGGCCGCAAAGACGCGGCGACAGGAAAUCGAAGAGACGGUAGAGACUCAAACUAAGGAGCGCGGCGGCAUCACGCUUUAUGGACUUCUUCGAUUUCUGCGAGCAGCCGCGGACUACCGCAUUGCGCGAGAUGCCUGGGUCUCGACGUUGCACGAGUUAUCGCUUCCGAUUCCAGAAACGGAGGAGAUGCCCGAGGAAGACGACCCGGACGACAGUGACGCCGUACGACAGGACGAUGAGGAGCCUUUGAAUGAGGACGGCGAGGUCGAUUAUGACGAAAUCAACCGUGUACAGGCAAAGAUCGGCGUCGACGAGGAUGAGGCCUUGGUGAAGAUAUGGGAAAUCAGGGAUCGCCGCCAACAGGGGGUGUUUCAAGAUCUCAAGCAGGUUAUCGCUAAGGCGGGCAAUGAGGAGGAGGAGGAAGGAGAGAAUGAUGAAAUUAAGUAG